AUGGCUCCCAUCAAGGUCGGCAUCAACGGUUUCGGUCGUAUCGGCCGUAUCGUCUUCCGCAACGCCGUCGAGCACCCCGACAUCGAGGUUGUUGCUGUCAACGAUCCUUUCAUUGAGCCUCACUACGCCGUCUACAUGCUCAAGUACGACUCUUCCCACGGUAUCUUCAAGGGUGAGGUCGGCAACGAUGGUAACGACCUUGUCGUCAACGGCAAGACUGUCAAGUUCUACUCUGAGCGCGACCCCGCCAACAUCAAGUGGUCCGAGACCGGCGCCGACUACGUCGUCGAGUCUACUGGUGUCUUCACCACCAUUGACAAGGCCAAGGCCCAUCUUGCUGGUGGUGCCAAGAAGGUCAUCAUCUCUGCCCCCUCUGCCGACGCUCCCAUGUACGUCGUCGGUGUCAACGAGAACAAGUACGACGGCUCUGCCGACAUCAUCUCCAACGCCUCUUGCACCACCAACUGCCUGGCUCCCCUCGCCAAGGUCAUCAACGACAAGUUUGGUAUCGUUGAGGGUCUCAUGACCACCGUCCACUCCUACACUGCUACCCAGAAGACAGUCGAUGGUCCCUCCGCCAAGGACUGGCGAGGUGGCCGUGGCGCUGCCCAGAACAUCAUCCCCUCCAGCACUGGUGCCGCCAAGGCUGUCGGCAAGGUCAUUCCUGAGCUCAACGGCAAGCUCACUGGCAUGUCCAUGCGUGUCCCUACCGCCAACGUUUCCGUUGUCGAUCUUACGGUCCGCCUUGAGAAGGGUGCUUCUUACGACCAGAUCAAGAAGGUCAUCAAGGAGGCCUCUGAGGGUGACCUCAAGGGCGUUCUGGCCUACACUGAGGACGAUGUUGUCUCCUCCGAUCUCAACGGCAACACAAACUCCUCCAUCUUCGAUGCCAAGGCCGGUAUCUCUCUCAAUGACAACUUCGUCAAGCUGGUCUCCUGGUACGACAACGAGUGGGGUUACUCCCGCCGUGUCCUCGACCUCCUGGCCCACGUUGCCAAGGUCGAUGCCUCCAAGUAA